CUCUCUGAGCUCAACAGUCAUUUUCUGCUUGGAUUUACUGCACACUUUCAUAAUUCACUUUUCUUUUGGGAAAAUGACCAUUAAACAUUUCUCCAUUGAAUAUGAUUCAAUCAAUAGCCAAAAUGUCUUCACAAAUGGAGACACCAUGAAUGGAAGAAUUAUUUUGGAGAUCUCCAAAGAAACUACAAUUCAAUCACUAACUUUUAUUGGAAAAGGAAAAGCAAAGGUUCGCUGGCAGGAACAUUAUGGACAACAUGAUCAUCGUUACUACUGGUCUGAUGAAAAAUAUUAUGAUGUCAAGCAAUAUAUCUUGCGAGAUGGUGAUCAAAUAAUCACCAAAGGAAGACAUGUGUUCCCUUUUACCUUCAAGAUACCUGACAGAAAUAUGCCAUCAUCAUUCAAUUCAGGGAUCGGCCAAAUUACUCAUAAGGUUAAUGCAGAGCUCAAACAAUCGAUGAGGUUCACAAAAAGAGCUAAAGCCCACUUCACUUUUGUCUCCAAAGCAGACAUGGGGAUACCUGGACUUAUGGAACCUCAACACGAUUGCACUGAUAAAAGUCUCAGUGUCUUUGGCUCUGGAACAAUUUCAAUGGAUGUUCACACAAACAGAAUGGGAUACCAGCAAGGAGACAAUCUCCAACUCAAAGUUGAAAUUCACAACCAGUCAUCUCGUGCUGUGAAGCCCAAAUUCAUACUCUACGAACGGCAGAAUUUCUUUGCCCAGGGUCACAGGAGACAAAACACAACGAAGAUCCUUAAGGAGAAAGUAAAGACCAUUGAGGCGCAUAGCCAAGAAACUGUGAAGAAGACGAUCACCAUCCCCAGAGAGCUUCCAUCCUCCAUUCUGAAUUGCUCUAUCAUCAAGCGGGAAUACAGGCUGAAGAUCUCUCUGGAUAUCAAGUACUCGGUGGACCCAGAGAUCAAGCUUCCAAUUGUUGUCCUACCUGCCUUUGAGGUUCCUGACAUAAAACAACCACCUGGUCCUGAUGUCUUUGGAUUUGAGACAUUUACAAACUCAAACCAACCAACAUGGAGCCAAGCACACCAGCAUCAAGCAGCACCCCAACCACUGGAGCCCCCUCCACCAUAUGCAGCACACGCAGCAUACUCAUCCUCGCGUAGUCAUUACUAAAUUGGACACUUACUAUAAAUCGCAUUCCAAUGUGUUUCCAUCGCAAUUAAACACAAUGUACCGAGAAUGGCAAAGAAACUACCUAGAAACACAAAGAAACUAAAACAAUAGUUCCCAAAAUGUUUAAAAUUAAAAAACACAGGUGAGAUAAGUUUUUGUUAUUUUAGAACACAUAAAAACUAGUACUUUCAACAUUGCUUAAUCACAAUUGCCUAAAAAUGUCAUCCAAUACUUCUCUACAAGAGAGGAGAAAUAUGAGCCAUAGCACUUCAGUAUGUGGAAUCAAACUAUGGAAUGGAUUGAGUAAGGACCUCAAGCAAUGCACAACGAUGAGCCAAUUCAAGAAACAAUACAAGCAGUUGAUGUUUGCUAAAUACAAGGAUGAAGAGUCUUGAACCAGUCAUGAUGUGCUAUACAUAUCACUAUAUUGACACUUACUAUGGUACCCAUAAUGUCAUUGUAUGGUCAUAUCACCUUGUACUUCCGUAUGAGGUGCAUUAUUAUAUACAUAUAAAAAAAAACUAAACUGUAUUAUGGAAAGCAGGAAGUGAACAAAUGUAACAGUUACUGACUGUAAAAGUACCAGAUGCAUGGGUAGGAUUUAAUAAGCUUUGCUUCUUCCUACUCCUUUUGGACAUGUGGAACUGUGAACUGAUUAUGUGAUGCACUCAAUUGUAAUCCGAUGCAUGUUCAAAUGAAAUAAAACCAUUACCAUCA